AUGGCGACGGUGAUACAGAGGAAAGAUACAGAACGGAUCAAAGGUCCAUGGAGCCUAGAAGAAGAUGAACUGUUGCAGGGGGUGGUACAUACGCAUGGCCCGAGAAAUUGGUCUCUGAUCAGUAAAUCGAUUCCAGGAAGAUCCGGGAAGUCUUGCAGGCUCAGAUGGUGCAACCAGCUCUCGCCACAGGUGGAGCACCGAUCAUUCACACCGGCAGAAGACGAAGCGAUCAUCCGGGCCCACGAAAAGUUCGGCAACAAAUGGGCCACCAUAGCCCGACUGCUCCCUGGUCGGACUGAUAACGCCAUCAAGAACCACUGGAAUUCUACCCUUAAGCGAAAGUGCUCUUCCAUGUCCGAAGAUUUUUCUUUGAUCGACGGUCAAACUCUUCAUCAGCCUUUGAAGAGAUCGGCUAGCAUUGGGUCUGGUUCGCAUCUGAACCCAAGUAGCCCGUCAGGAUCCGACUUGAGCGAUUCGAGUCUUCCUUUAACGCAUGUCUAUAGACCUGUUGCGAGAACCGACCGGGUUAUAGCUCCUCCUGUUCAGCCGAUUCAAACGGCGUCGUCGGGUUCCGAAACGCCAAUAUAUCUGAGUCUCUCGUUGCCGGGAUCCGACUCGACUGAGGGAUCUACCAAAAUUUGCUCGAACUAUGUCACUCACCCGACCCAGGUGAUUAAAAUACAGCCACAUAAACCGGCUAUCCAGGUGGCUCCGGCACCUUCUCUUCCACCCCUGCCUGAGAGCAGUCCAAACCUUAGCUUUGUGUCAAAGUUUGUUGCGCCACCGCCACCGUUAUUAACCUCUGAAAAACAGUUCUUUAGCCCUGAAUUCUUGGCUUCUAUGGAAGAGAUGAUAAAGAAAGAAGUGAGGAACUACAUGUCUGGGAUUGAACAGAAUGGGUUGUGUAUGUAGAGUGUAGACUGAAGGUAUAAGGAAUGGUGUGGUGAAGCGCAUUGGCCUUGGUAAUUAAGCUCGAGUAGUGAAAUUUAUGAAAAUAUGAGUCAAUUAUGAAGAAUUAGGUUGAGAGGAGAGAGAAGGAAAAAUGACCUUGUUCUUUUCCUUAAAUUUUCCAUCUUUGCUACUUUUAUACCAAAUUAAUUUUGGGUAGUGUACAGAUGAGAGACAGAGGGAGGGGAGAGUUGAAGUUGUGAGAAACAGUUUCAUGGUGAGUAGAAAAUGUACAACAGUGGGAGUUGUCGUGUCUUCCACACAUUCACUGCUUGCUUAGAUAUUUAAACCAGGAGAUAAAAAGAGUACAGUAUCCGAAUGUGAAUAUUUUUGUUUGACAAAGUGAUAAGCUUUGGGUUGUAGUGAUGGGUACUAACUUGCUUUGUGCAGAAAAAACUUCAGGACUUAAAAGCACUUUUUUAUUUAUUUAUUUAUUGAAUCUGCUUUUGGCAAG